GGUUGAUCGACCGACCGAUCGACAUGACAUGCGUCUAUCCAGUCGUCAGGCAGCGACAAGGGGCGAGUGAGUGCGGGAUGGAUAUACAUGACGGACGGUAUACACAGACAGCCACACAGCGAAAAGUCACACGGCGCGCAUUCAUCACCCAAAUAUACAUUCAUGUUGAUCUGAUCAUGUUGCCUUGGUGCUCUCGUCGAUUGCUACAUGCAUGUCCCUAUCGAUCACGUGAGGAAGAUGGCCUUGCCGGCCCUUCGGAAACCUUCAAGGCGACUGUACAAUGCCUGCAUUACACAAACGGACACACAGAGAGGCACGCACCCAUGAUGGGAUCAUACACAUUGCAUUUCCUGCCGACCUUCCUGUCUGCCGCUUGUUUGAAUGCGUUGCCCCACUCGAACCCCAGCUGGGCCUCACGGGACAGCUGGAACACACCCAUGGCCUGACAGACGCGCGCAGAUGGGUGGACCACAUCGAGUCUGUGCACAUGGGAUGGAUACGUGUGUCGGUUUGACCGACCUGGAGUGUGAUGAGUGCGUUGUGCAGGUAUGGUACACAGCAUGCGUCGCCGCACACCAGCUUGUGGCCCUCAUACAGACGCUCCCCACUCUUGCGCGACUGACAUGCACUCACACACACACGAGCGCGCGCACACACACACAAACACACACAGACACGAAGACACCACCCCAUGCGCACAGGUCAGGCGUCGUGUUGUUAUUCACCAGCACAGCGAGUUGUUUGAGGUUAGUGAAUCGGAAUGAGGCCCUCUUCUGUUCGGUCGCCGUGUGGUGCAGGUUGAGGAGUGUGUACACCGCCAGCCACACCGCCUCCAGGAAGGGAAACAGCAACGACACACCCACACUCAUUAUCGGAACACCUGCAUCCACACACACACACACACACACACACAGCUGCGUCCAUUCAUUCCAUGGUUGCGUAGCGCGUUCCCACCUGAAGGGUCGACAGCAAAUGUGUCGUCUGUCGGCUGCCGGAGCACGCCGAAGUCCACCAUAUCGACAAGGGUCUCGUGCAAGUGCCGCACGCCGCCCCAACCAUCCCCUCCGGCCGCUAUACACAUCUGCCGUGGGUGGUAGAACUGCCGUGCGAUGAGAGGCAGCAGCUCCCGCACCCCCCUCUCGAUCGCCGACAGCUCGAUGACGCCCCUGCCGCCGUUGUUGCUGGCCAGGAGGGACAUGGCUGGGGCGCGCGAGCGCAGACACGACACAACCACCAACACGACGAUUGCCUGACAAACAGCACAGACAUGCACACAUUGGUGUGUGUGUGUGUGUGUCGGGUAAGUCUGCCAGGUGCCUACUUGGUUGGCGAAGUGGUGGAAUAUCUGAUUGCGAUACGGCCCCAGCAUGAAGAGAGGCGUCGGCACAGCACCACGACGACCGUCUGGGGAUCCACUGCCGUUCCCGGGCCUGCAGCGAACCUUCCACCCAUCCCCCUCACGGACGAGCCACUGCCUCAGCAGCUGGCACACAUUGUCGACGGUCUGCUCCCACUGCUGGUGUAGCUCGCCCCGCUCGUGCUCCCUGAUGCCGUCGGCCAGCGUCAGGAAGGACGAAUGCAGCCUCGCACCGCGAAUCUUGAGCUCAGAGCCCAACCAACUCGACUGAUCAGAUCAUGGCAGCCCAAACCAAACACCUUUGCGCAUCUUUCGGCCCUGUUGGCUGCGUGCCUACCUUGGCGGCCAGCUGAGCGAGCGGGAGGCACGUGGGCUCAUGGUCGGGGGGUGUGGGGGGCAGCGGCGUGUAGGUGGCGGAUGUGGCACCGCUACUGGCGAGGCGUGCGGUGAGUGUUCGAUGCAGGAUGACCGGCACCACCACAGCAGAGGGCAGCAGCACCUGCCGGUCCUCCAGACAACGAAUUGUGUCCUCAGCCACCCCAUCCAACACCUACAGGCACGACCAGCCAAGGCGCAAUCGGGUGGGAUCGGAAUCUCUCCCCUUCCUUGUGCCCCUACUUGUCUCUGUGUAGCUGGCGGCAGUGUUGGCAGUGGUGUGGAUGCCUUGGACACUGUGAUGCCCUGCAGACCAGUGAUGGUGUCGUCACCGCUGCUGCUGGCGGAGGUGCGUGUGUCGACGAGGGGCAUGGUGUCGGUGAGUGCGGGUGCAUCCAUUGCAGACACACCGCCGGACACGUGGAGGGCGUGGUGGUCGCGGAUGUAGGCUGAGGCCAUCUCCUUGAGGGACAGCAUCGGCCCCACAUCCACCACCACCCUAUGAAUGUACACAGCACACAGAGGGAGGGGCAAUGCCGACAUGCACUCGAACAUUUGUGGUGUGUGUUUCGAUUUACCGGCCGAAGUCUUCUGUGAGGACGUUGGCGGCUUUCAGGGUCCUUGCCAGGGUCUCGCCGAGCUGAUAAUCACACACAUCAAUGCACAUACAUCGGCUCCCCUCUACUCUGUGUGUGCAGCAUAGCUGCCUACCUUGCUCUCCCCCAGGAACUCUCCCAGGAAGCUGGCGUCCUCCACAAUGCGAUCGUAGGCAAUCGUCACAGGCACCUGCACCACACAGGGGACACACCCCGCCCUUGGUGUGGCGGUAUGACGACUGGCUGACUGGCUGACUGACUAACCACUUUGAUGUCGGGCACCCGGGCCUGGAAGAGCAGCUCCAUGGCUAUCGACAACAAACCCUUCUUGGGCUCCAGCAUGAGCCGUGACCUGGACCGGCCGCCCUCAACGAAGAACUCUACCACCCCGUAGUGCCUGUACGAACAAAUGAAUGAACCAAGGAAACACAGACAGUGCACUCAGUUCCGCGCCCCUCCCUCCGCCCCUCCAUCCGUCCACUCGUCCACUCGUCCACCGUCCGUCCGUCCUUACGUGAGUACGUUCUGCAUGUAGGUCUUGAAGCACGUAGUGUAGAGCGGCCCCGCACCCCUGAACCGACGCUUCAUGAAGAACGCACCUAGCACAACACACAUAGCGCAUUGCAUUCACCACAGACAGACAGACAGGUAUGUAUGGCCUGACUGACACACCACCCGUGGCUGCCUCUCUACCUACCUGAUCCCCUGAGUAUGUAGCUGACGAGUGGUAUUUUGCCGAGGUCCUCUCCGGCCGCGAUGAAGGGGAUCUUCACGUCCAUCACAUAACACGCAAACGACACCUGUAUGACCGCAUACACCAACACAGCAACGACAGACACCGGAGUGCAUGCGCACGUGUGCGGCUGCUCAGUGUGUGUGUUUGCAUACGAUGAGGAAGUCGACGUAGGAUCUGUGUGUCGGCAGCAGCAGCAAAGGCCCAUCCCGAUCCAAUCGCCAAUGUCUUGGGAAUGAACGACACACACAAAGACACUGGUGCCUGCCUUUCGUCGAUCGUGUGGCUCCCCUCCCUCCCUGCCCACCUGAUGGCCUCCCACUGCAACGGGUCCACCUCAAUCGACUCGAAGAUCUGUGAAAACACCUGAUCAGAUCAUGGACACACACACGGGCGCAUGGACAAGUAGCACCCACCAGCACAGCUAUGUUUUGUGCUGUGCUGCACGUACUGGUUUGAGCAUGGCGCCGAAGAAGCGGAUCAUGCUGAGGGAGAACGAGGCCGAGAUGCGGUGGUUCAUGCGGACCACCUCCAUUUCAACCGACAAGACGGCCUGCUCAAACUCACUACCCCCCUCCUUCCCCGACCUCCUGGCCGCCUCGCGAAGGAUCUCAUCACGAACCUGCAUCCAAUCGAUUGCAGACAGACACCAACCAGCCCGCACACAACACAAAAAGCUUUCAUUGCAAGCAGCUGUAGUCGCUGCGCCGUUGCGAUGAUUGAUGCAUCUGCAUGCGUUUUGUGUGCACCGACCGACCUGCUCUGCCGACAUGGUUGCCUCGUGCAGAUCUUGGUCCGAGGGCGCCUCUGCCAGAUGUGCAGGUUUGGCUGCCAGCGCCCAUGUGAGUGUGCUGGCGACGGGCACAUAGCCAUUGGCGGCUCGGCGACCUGACACACACAUCAGAUCAGAAGCACACAGAAAUGUGAGAAUCUGAUGCAGCAGCAGACAGUAUGCUGGGGGCAUUGAUCUUCGCAUCUGACUGACCGGCAACGACAAUUGUGGUGUCCUGCUUCUCCAUAGCGUCAUGGUUCAUCCAUUC